UUUCCAGAAAAGUCGGGCUCGGUGCUGGGCGAGGAGCCGCCGUGGGGUGCGGGACCGCCCGCUGCUUAGGGGCCGCCCUCCGCCAUGGUGAAGGAGACUACCUACUACGAUGUGCUGGGCGUGAAGCCCAACGCCUCCGCUGAGGAGCUGAAGAAGGCCUACCGAAAACUAGCGCUGAAGUACCACCCUGACAAGAACCCCAAUGAGGGCGAGAAGGGUGGCCGGCGGCGGGGGCCCGCCGGGGUGCCAUUUGGGGUUUUAGGACUCGGGUGUCUGAGGCACGGUGUAUGUUUCUCGCAGUUUAAACAGAUUUCCCAAGCUUAUGAAGUACUCUCAGAUGCAAAGAAGAGAGACCUGUAUGACAAAGGAGGCGAGCAGGCCAUCAAAGAGGGUGGCUCUGGUGGUGGCUUCGGGUCACCCAUGGACAUAUUCGAUAUGUUCUUUGGCGGCGGUGGGAGGAUGCAGAGAGAGAGACGAGGCAAAAAUGUGGUCCAUCAGUUGUCAGUAAGUUUAGAAGAUAUGUACAAUGGUGCAACAAGGAAACUUGCACUGCAGAAGAAUGUUAUCUGUGACAAAUGUGAAGGUCGUGGUGGUAAGAAAGGUGCAGUAGAAUGCUGUCCUAAUUGCAGAGGAACAGGCAUGCAGAUCAGAAUUCACCAGAUCGGGCCAGGAAUGGUGCAACAAAUCCAGUCCGUGUGUAUGGAGUGUCAGGGGCAUGGGGAGCGUAUCAGCCCCAAGGACCGGUGUAAGAGCUGCACUGGCAGAAAAAUUGUUAGAGAGAAGAAGAUACUAGAAGUUCACAUUGACAAAGGAAUGAAGGAUGGCCAGAAAAUAACAUUCCAUGGUGAAGGGGACCAAGAGCCAGGACUAGAGCCAGGAGACAUUAUUAUUGUCUUGGAUCAAAAAGACCACUCUGUAUUUACAAGACGAGAUGAAGACCUUCUUAUGUCUAUGGAUAUUCAACUGGUUGAAGCACUAUGUGGAUUUCAAAAGCCUAUCACAACGCUGGAUAAUAGAACUAUUAUUAUUACCUCCCAUCCUGGCCAGGUUGUCAAGCAUGGGGCUAUUAAGUGUGUGUUGAAUGAAGGUAUGCCAAUUUAUCGCAGACCAUAUGAAAAAGGACGUCUGAUCAUAGAAUUCAGGGUGAACUUCCCAGAGAGUGGCUUCCUCUCCUCAGAUAAGCUGUCUUUACUUGAAAAACUGCUACCUACAAGGCAGGAAAUAGAAGAAACUGAGGAAAUGGAACAAGUGGAUUUAGUGGACUUUGAUCCAUCUCAAAAAAGGAAACACCACUAUAAUGGAGAAGUCUAUGAAGAUGAUGAGCAUCACCCUAGAGGUGGUGUUCAAUGUCAGACAUCGUAAAUGGGCCAGUGAAUAACUUGUGAUGCUUGUUUUGUAUGCAUUAGUGGAUGAGUGAAGGACUACAAGCGGUUCACCCUCACUUCCUGCUAUUUGUUGUUCUAUCCAGCCAUAGUUGUUUCUAAAAGCAUAAAGAAAUAAACUAAGUAAUUAAACUGACUUUGCAAUUUGUAUAAAGCUCCAGGAUGCAAGCUCAAAUGAAGUUCCUUGCACUUCACCCCUGCCUCUUGGUCGAGAAAACUCCCUUACCGCUUGUCUUUUAUUCCAGGCCUUGUAAUUCCUGUAUGUGUGCAAUUGCCCAGGCUUAAACUAAGAUUCUGUGGUGUUCUUUUUAGGAAUUCUAGAUCUUAUACUCUGUUAGUAAAGUAUGCACAAGUACUUAUAAUUCAUGGUAAGAUAUAAUCAAGUUUUAUACCGGUUAGGUUAACAUGUUAAUGUUUUGGGCUUGUACUGGUGUUUGUUAAAUAGGGACUGGCUCUAAUGCAGCCACAUAAUACAUGAAGCUGACAAGGAUGUGGUCAAUCUUCACAGGCCCAUUAAAGUCAUGCAGUCCACAGGCUCUUUGAAGCUCCUGCACUGAGGUCAAAUAGUCCCUUCCUCUGCCAGCUUUGGUCCUGACCCUGAGCUAGAUGUGAAGCUUGCUUUGGUUCAUCGCUGACUACUGCUUGGCUGCUGUCUUGCAGCAUACUGCCUAUAGAGCCAGUGGUUGCUUGGCUGCUACAGGAGCUUCUGUUAAUACUGCGCAUGCGUAAACACCUCCAGGCUUUAUCAGCACACAUGCAGUUUGGAAUCUGUCAGCCUGCUGGCAUGUGAAGCUUGACUUCCACCUUGAUGACUGAAAUCAGAUACCCCUCAGUGGUGUGUCGUGGAAAGCAGUACCAGCCCUGGUGGUGGGCAUAUGUGAGCCUGCAGAGGGGAGAAACUUACUGUCAGUGAAUACAACCAACUGAUGCAUCUAGGAUGUUCUGAAAUUAAUGUAUUGUGUGCAUUAUUUUAAGCUGACUCUUGAAAAUUCUGUAUGAAUGUUCUAAUUACUGUAGAUGAAGCAUUUCCAAUAUAAUUACAAAAUUG